AUGCCACGACAAGUUUGCAACCUCGCUGUCCUGCUCGCUUCUCUUGCAGCCUUCCUCGUCAUCUUCACUCGAACUGGCCAGGUGCAGCAUCCCUUCGGUGACGACCUCGCACCUUUGGGCUUCGAUGAGUCUCAACGAUCAGCUCCAAGUCGAUCAUAUUUUUCUCUUCAGUAUGCCUUCAUGUAUGACACCGAAGAUGUCGAGGCCCCCGCAACCUUCAUGGAUGCCUCCUCUCUUUCAAAGACCUCUGGCUAUGCCGACACAGCAGGCAUCAGGCGUCCCGAACCCUUUCCCGUCCUGGCACGGACGUGGGGCGAGAACGACAAUCAGCAGGGCACAUUCGACACUGAUGACAUCCCCCAGCCUUUGGGGCCCGAUGUGACUGAUCGUGACACCAUCAUCAGUCUUGCGAUGAUGACCUCUGACGCCUAUGUAUUUGGUCCGUCCGAGCCAGACUGGCUAAAUUCCACAAAUGGUUUCAAUCACUCGGUCGGAUUUGGCUGGAAUGGUACCGGGCUUCGCGGCCACAUCUUCGCCAAUGCAGACAACGGCACCGUCAUCAUUUCAUUCAAGGGGACCAGUCUCGACCCUCGAGAUAAGUGGCGCGCCAAUGACCGUCUCAAUGACAACUUGCUAUUCAGCUGUUGCUGUGGUGAUCAACGACCUGAUCCAUAUCCGUACGGCCCUGUUUGCGACUGUCGGACUGACAUCUACCAGUGCAAUUCUACAUGCUUGACGCAAGAACUGUGCCAGAACGACCGCUACUACGGAUCCGCUCUGACUGUGAUCUCGGACGUGUUGACCUGGUAUCCUGAUGCUAUCGUUUGGUCCAUAGGCCAUUCUCUGGGAGGGGCCGUCGCAAGCCUCAUUGGCCUUACGCAUAACUUCCCGACCGUGACUUUCGAAGCCCCUCCUGAAAAACUUCCGGCCUACCGACUUGGUCUUCUCUAUUCCCGCAAGCCAAUGACCUAUCACUUUGGAAACACUGCUGAUCCUGUCUUCAUGGGCGCCUGUAAUGGAUGGUCAUCUUCGUGUGGUUUGGCAGGCUAUGCCUUUGAAAGUCAAUGCUUUACCGGCAAAAAGUGCGUCUAUGACACGGUUGGUGAUCUGGGUUGGCGCCUGAGCAUUGCCAAUCAUAGGAUCAACACCGUCAUCAAAGAUGUACUGCAGAAAUACAACACUACUCCCACGUGUGAGUUUGAUGACGAGUGUGUCGAUUGCUACAACUGGGACUUUACAGUACCGAGUGCGAAGCCUAGUAGUGAGUCAAAGCGCAGCUUUUGA